AUGUAUUCAUAAAAUAUUUCAGGGAACUUGGUUUGGAAACAUCGAGUAUAGUAGACAACGAGUUAGAAGAACUGUUUGAGUUAUCUCUUAGAAUGUUUGAUACAAGAUUACCACCUGGAGUAACCGUUCUCUCGCCCUUUGCUGAAGAUUCUUCACUGACUAAAGUUGCAGUAGAGGCAAUUACUGCUACCAGUACAAAGAAGGGUGAUCUGAUACUCGGUGAGAUCCCGUCACAGAUCAAGAACAAGGGAAUCACUGUAGAUGUGAAGGCCAACUCAGCCUCAAAUGUCAUUACUACGAUUACCGCUGAUGAGUAUGCGGCGCCAGGGCUGAAGACCAUCUUCAGCUUUGCUGUUCCUGAUCAGAAAUCUGGAAAGGUCGAGCUCCAGUACUUGCAUGAUUACGCUGGUAUUAAUGCAAGCAUUGGUUUGACUGCUAAUCCUGUUGUCAACCUCUCUGCUGCAUUUGGAAAUAGCGCUCUAGCUGUUGGUGCUGAUGUCUCACUUGAUACUGCCACCAAGAAUCUGACCAAAUACAAUGCUGGGCUUAGCUACACCAAUAAAGAUCUUAUUGCAUCCCUGAACUUGUGAGUUUUUAAAAUCUAGCUAUGUAAUUGUUAUU